GAAUCAUGCGCCAACCCCUACAAUCCCCCCCGGCUGGAGGAGUCGCUUCUUCGUUGCACAUGGCUUUCCGACUAUCAGUCGGCUCAGCCAUUGACCGGAGUUUACCUGGAGCUUUUCAGGUAUAUCUACGUGCGCCAGGAGAUGCGCUCAUGCCCUCCAAAGACGGAAUUGGAUUGGGGUGUAUUCCAGCCGUCAAACAGGUCUCUUCAGGAUGGAGGCGGUGCAAAGAUGGGUAAUGUCUUUCUGGACCCGGAUACCAGAAAGAUAGCUUUCAAAUAUCUGACUCGAUGUCGGGAACGGAUUUUGGCAAUACAUGCCUCGGGUCGAUGUCCUUUGAGGAACUACGGAAUGUCCCUGCGCACCAUUGGAGGUGUGGUCGCCCCGAAAGUCUUCCUUCGCGUAUCGAGUCGUUAUGUUGUUGUGCGGAUCGACGAUAUGAAAGAAUGCCGGAGUCUGACCUUUGCUAGGCCUUUUCCCGACCCGCAGGCUUCCAGGCCGAAAUUUCCUAUUGUAGUGGGGUACCGAAGUGGCACGCACUACUGCUCUGUCCUGCAUAUGCGAUUCAUUCGAAAAAAAACAUCUAUGGUAUAACCAUUCGUCCCGCCAGGAAUAAUCACAUCGUUCAGCCCAGCUGAACCCUUGAGAUCAGUCCCAGCGAAGCGCUUUCGGUAACAGGUUCCAGACGAGAUCUCUUGCGUAGGGAAUAUAACUCAAUGCGUACCUGCAUAUUUCGGACACAAACAUUGGUGCCGAAUAUUGCAUUGCAUUGUGGUGCAAUGUGUCGUGGUCGUGGUAUAGGUAUAGCGCCUAAUCAGCAAACGCUGCGGGCGAUUCGUCGAGAGAGGGAAAAGAUGAAGCACCCACCAGAGAUACGCGAGGUAUUCG